AGCCUCGUUCUUCGCGUUCUGCUCGGCUUCGCCUCAGAAGAGCUGAGUCGAGCGAGCGAGAACGGACGGCGAGGGGGUGUCGCCUGCUCCGGAAUUUCCCGCUUCCUGGGUAUUGAGGGCUCGGCGGCGAUGGAGGCGGAGAUGCGGCGGUGCCUGCUGGCCUCCCUCCUGCCGCUGCUCUCGUUGCUGCUGCCUCCGCCGGGCGCCUCGGCUUUCGCCGCUGCCUUAGACAGCGACUUCACUUUCACCCUGCCCGCCGGCCGUAAGGAGUGCUUCUUCCAGACCAUGCAGAAGGAGGCCUCUCUGGAGAUCGAGUAUCAGGUUCUCGAUGGAGCAGGUUUAGAUAUCGAUUUCCAUCUAUUAUCACCAAAAGGUGAAGCACUAGUUUUUGAACAGAAAAAAUCGGAUGGAGUCCAUACGGUGGAAACAGAGGAUGGUGACUAUAUGUUCUGCUUUGAUAACACAUUCAGCACUCUGUCAGAUAAGGUGAUUUUCUUUGAACUGAUAUUGGAUAACAUGGGAGAUGAAGAGGAGGACUGGAAGAAUUAUAUCAUUGGCACAGAUCUUUUGGAUAUGAAGCUAGAAGAUAUUCUGGAAUCUGUCAACAGUGUGAAAUCCAGGCUAAGCAAAAGUAUCCAUAUUCAGACCCUGCUCAAAGCAUUUGAAGCUCGUGAUAGAAACAUACAAGAAAGCAACUUUGACAGGGUAAACUUCUGGUCCAUGGUCAACCUGGCAAUAAUGGUGGUGGUGUCAGCUGUUCAAGUUUACAUGCUGAGGAGUCUUUUUGAAGAUAAAAGGAAAACUAGAACUUAACAUCAGUGUCUUAACAGCAUUAAACAGGGGGAAAUGCAAUACACUACUAAAGAAAAAGGAGAUCAAUGUUUCUUCCCAGCUUGUUUUGAAUGAACAGUUUUUAACAUUCGUAUGUGACUUUUUAGUAUGAGCAGAAUGUUUUUCUUUGCUCCAAUAAAUUGCAAUAACUUGGUUUAUUAAGAUGGUGGAUAACUUAAAACUUGCCUGAAUCUCCUUAGCCAUCUAUACUGCACAAUUUUUUUGCAACAAAUUCAGAUUUUAUAUUUACCAAUAUUUGAUACUAUGUCUUAAUGACUGCUAGCCUAAAGGUAAUAUUUUAAAAAGAAAAAAGAUUCACGAAGUGUGAAUUGAAUUGUGUAUUCAGUGAGUCCUGCCUUGGAUAUGUCAGUUAAAUGGAAUAUUCGCUACAGCAAACUCUGCUGUUAUUUAGACAGUGUUUUUAAUGGGUGUAAGUGAAGACUCUUGUGCCUUAUUUGUACUAAUUAACAAACUUAUUCAACAAAAAUUAACUGGCAUCUAAAAUAUAUAUUGCUUCCAAAUUC